AAUAUAUAUAUUUUCAAGUGUUUAACAUAAUUAGGAUAUUUUGUUAUCUAAAGGUUUCAUUUGAAGUAAAUGAAAAUGUGUAUUAAUAUUAGAUUAUAUUAUUAAUGUCUAAAUAUGUCUAUUUACAUUGUUCUUACCUUGUGGAUUAUUGUAGUACAGAGACUGUAUCAGGACUGGUCUCUACAACCCAAAACAUACAUGACAAAACAAGGAUGUAGGCGGGGUUAACAGGUUAAUCAUACUGAUUAAUUUGGCCUUAUCCAGUGUGAAGUGGACAGAAGGAGAUAUACAGUCUUAAAGAAGCAGGAUAGACUGUCCUGACUGGACAGUUACCCUUACUGGAGUUUUGUGUGCUCUUUUGGGUGUGUGUGUACUUCUUCCUCAUGGGAGACUGAGUGUGUAACCAGAAAUCAUGUGGCAGAAAAUAGGUGGGUGGAGCGCUUACUGCCUAUAUGUGUAUUUCAUGUGUUGGUGUAUGUGCUGUUUUUGCGAACUGUGGAUUAAAAUCAAGUAAACAUUACAAAAUCCAAAAUGGAAAAGAAUGAAGAGUCUAAAAAGAAUGUAAAGGAAGGAUAAAAGGACCACGCUGCAUGCUGGCACUAUUAAGGAUGUCGUCGCGGAAUGUUUUUUUCUUUUUCCAUUUCUUGAGCUCUCCUGUAAUGAAAGACUGAGAACAGCAUCUCUGCUUUUUAAUGGAAAUUUUCCUGGCGUCUGUAAUUCUGGAAACUUCAUCACAAGGACUGGAAAUUCAGAGUUGGCAAGACUUGGGGAGGCUAAUGGAAAGAACCUAGACUUUUUGUAACGGCAAGCAUGGAAACUUUAGUUUUAACUCUGGAAAUUUGACUUUGCUUCCUGUUUUUAUGUGGAAUAUGGUUGUUUGAAAACAGACAGACAAAAAUUGCUCUUAAAGAGGCAGUACACUGUUACUGAUGGAAAUGGAGAGUAAGCCCAGCAAUUCAUUUUUGGACAAAUUAACAAACUUUUUUACUCAAUAUGAAAAGCAUGAACUCCAAGCACUGACUGAGGAGAGUCCAAAUCUGACUUCUUUUCAUUCUUUGUCUGAGAAAGGAGACGUUAUCGAUCAAAAUCAGGAUGGUUUCGAUGAUCAAGGGGAUGAUUUUGAUAUAAUUGUUCAGACUUUACAAACGAAUGCUGAGGAGGACAGAACAAGGGACCAUGUCAACAAAUCAGAGCAUCAGAAUGUUAAUGAAACUCAUGAAAUUGAUUUUCCGUCAGAAAAGGAGGAAGUGGACUUGGACCUGAAUGUUGACCACCCGAGAGAUAGUUACAUUAAAACAUCAGCAGCACGACAGACUGAGCAGGAUGUAACAGAUGGUCAAGCUGACACAACGUCUAAAUCACUUAGCGAGGUCUCGGCCAGUGACAGUGCCAACAGACUGGACAAACAACUUGAGAACCCAGCACUUAUUACAGAGGAAAGUAAAGAACCUGAUUUAAAAGAAGGAUCUUUAUUCAGUGAUGAAGAGUUUGUUUCAGAAAGCAAUGAUAAGUAUGAAAAUGAGACCGUUGUUGUGGAAUCAGGUGAUGUCAGCAAUGAGGAGCUUUUUGGUGUUGUGCAAAAUAAGAGAGAAGAAGGCCACAUCGAGGAAACCAGCAGCCGCAGCAGCAAAGAAAAAGUGAAAAUGUUCAUAGAGGACACUGAGAAAGAACCAUUGAAAGACAAACUCUGUCAGUACGUCCUCACGGACACUAAAAGUACAGAUAUUCCUUCUGACAGAAAGAGUCUGACUGAGUCUUUGAAUUCCUCCACAAAUAACAAUAAUGACUUUUCAGUGCAAAGUCAGCAGGACAUAUCUGCUGCUGAGAGCACAACAGAGAGUUAUGGAAAUCAUCAACACUCGGCAGAUGUUUCAGAGGUAACCAAAACUGGUGCAAACGAACAAACUCUGGUUAACAAUGACCAGACAUCCACAGACAUGGACACUCAGACCACAUUAACACACUGUGAAGUUCAUAGUCUCACCGAUAAAGAGGUUCUUUCUUCAGACUCACCUAAGAACACCAGACCUGUAGUCAUCACCCUUACACGUGUUAAAGAUCUUUCUGCAGGAUCAUGUGUUGAUACUGAAAUGAUCCAGUUGGGAGAUGAGACUGCAGUUCAAGCUACAUUCAGUAGAAGCAGUGCCGAAUCAGACAGCAUUUUUGGGGAGGUCCAUCCACCUACCGUAAGCCAGAAGGCUUACCAAAUGAAUCAUUCUGAGACUGGAGGUGAGAUUUCAGGAGGUUCUGGCCUCUGUGACACUGGAGAACACAGUUCAUCUGAGCUAGAUAAUUCAGAACCAGAACCAGUGACCAUACAGCUGGAGGAACAGGUGAUAAAAGUGCAUACAGAAGAAGAAAUUAAUAAAGAGAUGAAAGAAGAAAUAUUAGAAGAAGAGACUAUGUUAGAUACAGAUUCAUCUUCCACUGAGAAGAUCACAACUGACCAAACCUCCAAAGCAGUAAAAGAAAAACCCCUCCAUCUGUCGUCCCUCUUCACCGGGCUGCUCAGCCCCAAGAAAGAAGCCCUUGAGGAAAAAGACUCUCCAGAGCAAACCCAAAGUCCUGCCAAAAGAGGACUUUUUACCGAUCAGUCUAACAAGAAAGAAGUCAGAGGAGACUUCCUUGAACAGCUUACUCAAUUCCUCAGCAAGGGGGAAGGGAAGAGAAAACAAGAGAGCAUGACAAGCCCCCCACUGUCUCCAAUCAGUCAGGAUCCUGCAGAAAAGCCAGAGACAACUGUAGAGGAGCCGGCCAUUCUCCAGUCCGAGGAAACGAGUGAAUCUACAAAUGCAGAGACGGCCUUAGAUGCACUGAAGGCUUUCUUCAAAGUUAAAUCUGCCAAAAAGGACACUCCAAAUCGCAUGGACCUGGACACUGUAAAGAGGAAGAUCAACAGGGACAAAGACGUCCUCAAAGCCUUCUUUGAUAGGACCUCAAGCAAGUCUCCAGACAACAAAGAAACUGAUUCCAAAGCUGAGGUGAGUGAGGAGCACACUCCUAAGCGACUUCAGACUGUUUGGCCUCCACCAAAACCCAAAGACGAAGAGGAAAAGAUUGGUCUAAAAUACACAGAAGCAGAGCAUCAGGCAGCUCUUCUGCAGCUAAAAAGGGAAUGUAAUGAGGAAGUGGAGAAGUUGCAGGCUGACUUCAAACUGGAGCUCUUCCGGUUACAAAAGAAGAAUGAAGAGGAUCUGUCCAGACUAGAGACAACCGUCGCCAGCUUACAAAGACUGAGAGACAAAGAAAGAGAGCGAAAUCACAGAGAUGUUGCUGUGUCCACUGAAGACAACAUCAAGCCACGGGCCUUCCGCUCUGUGUGUAUUCAGACAGAAAGAGAGACAGUCAACAAGCCUGAUGAGGCCAAGGAAACCCAGAAGGGGUUUGACCCCCUGCUUAAAAAUGAUGACCACAAGUCAACAAAAGGCUUUACUGGCAAACUAAAGACCUUUCCUCCUCCAGCUCCUCCACCUGUAUCACUUCAGUUACAGAUGGAUAGCAACAAUACUCCACCCCCACCUCCACCCCCUCCUCCUCUUCCUCCUCCAACAGGUCCUAGUAUUCCUAAUGCACCUCCACUUCCUGCUCAGCCACUAGAGAGGCCAGGAAGUGUGCCUCCUCCACCUCCUCCACCACCUCCACCAAUGACAGGAUGUGGUGUGCCACCGCCACCACCUGUCCUCCACUCUGCCCCCCCUCCCCCUCCCCCUGGAGCUGGUAUCUUCUCCACUAAAGCAGCAGACAAUCCUAGUCAUAAGCCAUCAGUGGAGCCGGUCUGUCCAAUGAAACCGCUGUACUGGACACGGAUACAGAUUCAAGAUAACAGGAACAAUAUGCUAUGGAGUUCCCUGGAAGAGCCAGAGAUAAUAAACACCAGUGAGUUUGCGGAACUGUUUGCUAAAGCCACGUCUCCCACCAAAAGAAAGCCCCUAUCUGAAGCCUAUGAGAAGAAAACCAAAGCCAGGAAGGUCAUUAAACUACUGGAUGGCAAGCGCUCUCAGGCCGUGGGCAUCUUAAUCUCAAGUCUCCAUCUGGAGAUGAAAGACAUCCAGCAAGCUGUUUUGACUCUGGACAAUUCUGUGGUUGACUUGGAUGCUAUUGAAGCCCUGUAUGAAAAUAGAGCUCAGCCCGAGGAGUUAGAGAAGAUUAAGAAACACUAUGAAACCUCAGACGAGGAGCAGGUCAAACUACUGGACAAGCCUGAACAGUUCCUGUAUGAACUCUCCCAGAUCCCUGAGUUCUCCAGUCGAGUUCACUGUUUCAUUUUUCAGUCGAAGUUUACUGACGCCGUUGCCUCCAUACAGCGCAAGACUGAGAUUAUUCUUCACGUCUGCAAGUAUCUGUUGGAGAAAGACAGUGUGAAGGAGUUGAUAGGACUGGUGCUUGCUCUGGGAAACUACAUGAAUGGAGGCAGCAGAGCUCGAGGACAGGCUGACGGCUUCGGCCUUGAGAUACUUCCUAAGCUUAAAGACGUCAAGAGCAGGCAAAAUCACAUUAGUCUGUUGGACUACAUUGUUUCCUACUAUCUGCGUCAUCUUGAUAAGAACGCUGGGUCAGAAAAGAGCAUCUUCCCUUUGCCUGAACCUCAAGAUGUUUUCCUUUCCUCUCAAGUGAAGUUUGACGACCUCUCAAAGGAUCUCAGGAAGCUGAACAGAGACCUGACAGUUUGUGAAAAGGAUGUCCUAACAGUGUGUACCAACUCAUCUCAUGAGCACGUACACCCCUUCAAGGAAAACAUGGACUCUUUCAUUGCCAACGCACAAAAAGAGUUAAUUACUGUGGAACAACAAAUGGUAUCGGCACGUAAAAGCUUCUCUGACCUAGUGGAGUACUUUGGACUGAAGCCACGUUCUGGAGAGCCAGAGAUUUUGCCUGGCCAUGUGUUCACACUUUGGUUUGAAUUCUGCAGUGAUUUCAAGAUCAGGUGGAAGAGAGAGAACAAGGUCAUAUCCAAACAGAGAAUCAAAGAGGCCCAACUGUCAGUACGCAACAUGACAGCAGAGAAAAAGAUUGAGACCAGAAAGGCACAUGCGAAUGGACUGAAAGAGAGACUGCGUCUGAAAGAAGCAAGUCUGACCACCGGCUAACCCCAUCUGAAUAAGGUGCACCUGCUUGUGUGACACUUUCCCUCAAGACUGCAUUGUUAGAAGAUGACAGUCUGUCUGUCAGUGUAGUGGAUC